CCCAAGGCAACCCACAGAGCAACAGGGUGCCAGGGGCUCGCUAGCUCCCACCCUGAGCCUUCCUGGCCCUGCUCAAAGCCCAGCCAGGAGUGCCUGACCCCUUUCUUACUCCCCACCUACCCUGAAAGCCCCCCUCAGGCUAAAGCACCCUCUCCCCGAGGGAACAGGACUCUUUUGUACCGGGGACCCGCUUCUGGUGAGGGUGCGGACACCAGGGGCCGUCUGUGGGGUGGGAGAGGGCGGCAGGAAUUCACGCGGCAUGUCGGGAAUGCUGAGACUGUGAAACCCAGUCAUUGAUGGCUCUGGGUCCCUGCCCGCCACCCCCAGGCCCCGGCCGUGGGACAUCUGCUCCCUCACUCCACUCGCCACACCCCUCAGUCUCACCCCCAUACCCCAAUGCGGUCGUUCCCCCUUCCCCCCCCACAGUUCUCCGACACCCCAGCUUGGAGGGAGUUGUUGCCAGACAGUGGCUUCGAGGCUGUGUGGGAGGGUCCCAGGCACAAUGGGAGGCCACAUGGGCAGCCUGACAACAGGUCACAACCCAUGCAGGAGAUACUGAGGCGGGGGUGGGUUGGGCGCCCCGAUCCCGCCCCCUUGCACCUGAGGGACUCUUGUUGCAGGUUGUCUGGCAGCUUCAGGUGGACCCAGAAGACGUCCCCAACUCAGGGAGAUUCAGUGAUCACUCACUCGCUGUACACAAUGAUAUUCCUCACGGCACUGCCUCUGUUCUGGAUUAUGAUUUCAGCUUCCCGAGGGGGUCACUGGGGUGCCUGGAUGCCCUCGUCCAUCUCGGCCUUCGAAGGCACGUGCGUCUCCAUCCCCUGCCGCUUUGACUUCCCGGAUGAGCUGCGGCCCGCAGUGGUGCAUGGUGUCUGGUACUUCAAUAGCCCCUACCCCAAGAACUACCCGCCGGUGGUCUUCAAGUCGCGCACCCAAGUAGUCCACGAGAGUUUCCAGGGCCGCAGCCGCCUCCUGGGGGACCUGGGCCUGCGAAACUGCACCCUCCUGCUCAGCAACGUCAGCCCCGAGCUGGGCGGGAAGUACUACUUCCGUGGGGACCUGGGCGGCUACAACCAGUACACCUUCUCAGAGCACAGCGUCCUGGAUAUUAUCAACACCCCCAACAUCGUGGUGCCCCCAGAGGUGGUGGCAGGCACGGAAGUGGAGGUCAGCUGCAUGGUGCCGGACAACUGCCCAGAGCUGCGCCCUGAGCUGAGCUGGCUGGGCCAUGAGGGGCUGGGGGAGCCCGCUGUGCUGGGCCGGCUGCGGGAGGACGAAGGCACCUGGGUGCAGGUGUCGCUGCUGCACUUCGUGCCCACGAGGGAGGCCAACGGCCACAGGCUGGGCUGCCAGGCCUCCUUCCCCAACACCACCCUGCAGUUCGAGGGCUACGCCAGCCUGGACGUCAAGUACCCCCCGGUGAUUGUGGAGAUGAACUCCUCGGUGGAGGCCAUCGAGGGCUCCCACGUGAGCCUGCUCUGUGGGGCUGACAGCAACCCCCCGCCUCUGCUGACCUGGAUGCGGGACGGGACAGUCCUCCGGGAGGCGGUGGCCGAGAGCCUGCUCCUGGAGCUGGAGGAGGUGACCCCCGCCGAGGACGGCGUCUAUGCCUGCCUGGCCGAGAAUGCCUAUGGCCAGGACAACCGCACCGUGGGGCUCAGUGUCAUGUAUGCACCCUGGAAGCCGACGGUGAACGGGACACUGGUGGCCGUAGAGGGGGAGACGGUCUCUAUCUUGUGCUCCACACAGAGCAACCCGGACCCUAUUCUCACCAUCUUCAAGGAGAAGCAGAUCCUGGCCACAGUCAUCUACGAGAGCGAGCUGCAGCUGGAGCUGCCAGCCGUGUCGCCCGAGGAUGAUGGAGAGUACUGGUGCGUGGCUGAGAACCAGUAUGGCCAGAGGGCCACCGCCUUCAACCUGUCUGUGGAGUUCGCCCCUGUGCUUCUCCUGGAGUCCCACUGCGCGGCAGCCCGAGACACGGUGCAGUGCCUGUGCGUGGUGAAGUCCAACCCGGAGCCGUCCGUGGCCUUUGAGCUGCCGUCGCGCAAUGUGACCGUGAACGAGAGCGAGCGGGAGUUCGUGUACUCGGAGCGCAGCGGCCUCGUGCUCACCAGCAUCCUCACGCUGCGGGGGCAGGCCCAGGCCCCGCCCCGCGUCAUCUGCACCGCGAGGAACCUCUAUGGCGCCAAGAGCCUGGAGCUGCCCUUCCAGGGAGCCCAUCGACUGAUGUGGGCCAAGAUCGGGCCUGUGGGCGCCGUGGUCGCCUUUGCCAUCCUGAUUGCCAUCGUCUGCUACAUUACCCAGACACGCAGGAAAAAGAACGUGACAGAGAGCCCCAGCUUCUCAGCAGGGGACAACCCUCCCGUCCUGUUCAGCAGCGACUUCCGCAUCUCUGGGGCACCAGAGAAGUACGAGAGCGAGAGGCGCCUGGGAUCUGAGAGGAGGCUGCUGGGCCUUCGGGGUGAACCCCCAGAGCUGGACCUGAGCUAUUCUCACUCGGACCUGGGGAAACGGCCCACCAAGGACAGCUACACGCUGACGGAAGAGCUAGCUGAGUAUGCUGAAAUCCGGGUCAAGUGAAGGAGCUGGGGGCAGCCUGCGUGGCUGACCCCCCUCAGGACCCUCGCUGGCCCCCACUGGCUGCGGGCUCCCUUCCUCCCAAAAGUAGCGGGGGCUGGGGCAGGAGGGGAAUGAGGCAGGUGACAGUGAGGUCCUGGGGGCCUGACCUCCCCCUCCUUCCCAGCUGCCCCUCCCUGCCAGCACCCCCACACCCUCAUUAAGGCUCCUCUCUAACCUCCUUUACCCUCAUCUGUCUGGAGGGGAGCUCUGUCUGUCCGUGUUAUUUAUUGCUACUUCCUGCCUGGUCUCCUGCCCCCACACCUGGCCCUGGGGCCUGUACAAAAGGGACAUGAAAUAAAUGCCCCGAAGCCAAA